AUGGACACUAUUAUUAAUCCAAAUGCAUUUACAGCCGAUUUGAACGAUGUUUUGUUUAAGUUUAAUGAUGAAGAAAAUAAUAAUAACAGCAACAACAACAACAACAGCAAUAAAACCGUCGUCGAUGGAGAUGAUCCACCUUUGUAUCGUUCAACUUACCAACAUACAUUUACUUUUUCGACAGCAUCAGAUUCAAAUGAAAUCAAUCAUUUUGCUUCUCCAUCUCCACCAGCUCAUAACGUGGCAAAAAAACUUUAUACACCAAUUGACAACAGUAAUAAUCAAGCGUCUUAUCAAAGUAAAUCUAUUCCAGCUGAUAUUUCAUUAAACGAAGAAGAAGAACAACAACAGCAAAACAAUGCUGAAGAAGAAUGGCUCAAUGUGGCAACGUACGUUAUUAAUGGUGAUAAUCAAAUAUCACAACAACCAGUGACAAAUAUUAUGCCAUUCGAUAAUAUCUUUUUUGCUGAUGCCAAAUUAUAUUUAUUUUCCACAACUCGAAUGACAAUUUCUACAUCACCACCACCAAGGAAACAUGUUGGAUUUUUUGCACGUUUAUUGAAUAUAUUUGGUAGGACAAAUGAUGCUGAAAAAACUGGCGAUACAUUUGAAAAACAAUGUUUGCAAUUGUUAAAUUUAACAUCAUACAAAUAUGAUAUGACUGAUCGUGUUCAUAUUCGUAUAUUGUACACAAUUUAUCGUCGUUUAACAAAAUCAAAUUAUGUUUAUCAUUCUAUACACGGAAAACAUUGGGAAGAUAUUGGAUUUCAAACAGAUACUCCUGAAACAGAUUUUCGUUCAUCUGGUCUCUUCUCAGUACUUAUGUUACUUUAUUUUGUUGAUUCAAUGUAUUUACCAUUGGCUCAAGAUAUUUACCAUUUAUCAUUAACAUCAAAUCAACAAUUUCCAUUCUGUUUAAUUGGAAUCAAUUUAGCGAAUUUAUUAAUUAAAUUUCUUCGACAAAAAUCACGACGUACAAAAUUAAAACAUAUGUAUAAAACAUCUCAAAAUGUAACAACUUUAGUUGGAGAUUUAUUUAUUGCUCUAUUUCUCAAUUUUUAUCAUAUAUGGAAAAAGCAAAUGUUAACAAUUGAAUAUACGCAACAAGUAUUGAAUCAAUUAGAACAAACAUUAAUGAAUAAACCAAAAUUAUUAUUAACUAAUUUUGAUAACUAUUUUCAACAACAAAAUCGUUCACGACAAUAUAUUGCAGAUGACAACGAAAAUGAGUAG